AUGAAGCUGUUGAAAGCCACGGAGGCCUCCGGUGCUGAGUACGACAGCGCGGCGGCCGAGGCUUAUCAGAAAGAGGUUGAGACAAGGAUCGCCAAGUUGGAGACGGAAUCGAACCAGCUGACUGGCAAAGACAACAAAAAGGAGCGCUCGGCCAAGGGGAAGGAGAUAGCCGAGCUGAAGAACGAACACAAGUACGUGGAUGCCUGCAAGAUUGUCAAGGGGCUCGAGCCAAAGUUCGGCCACUUCGUCACGAAGGCGGCGGUGCUUCCGCAGAUCGAGAAGCCGGAGACCGUGCAGGAGGCCCCCGAGCAGAAGGCCCGCAAGGACAACAAGAAGGAGAAGAAAGAGAAGGAGAGCGCAGGCCUCAGCCCCGAUGAGCUCAAGGAGCUCGAAAGCUUGAAGCAGCAGAUUAUCGAGGAGAAGGCCAUCCUGAAAGAGCAGGGCAUGAGCGGCGGCCAGAUCAACAAGAACGAGAAGAUAGUAUCCAUGGUGACUCGCCUGAACGAGCUGAAGGAAAAGCAGGAUCCAGGUAGCUCCAAGAAGGACAAGGACGCCAAGAAGGAUGCCAAGAAGAAGACCCCGCUUAGUGCCGAAGAACAGAAGGAGUAUGCACAGCUUCAAGGCGACAUUGAAGUGUACAAGGCCAAGCUGCGCACCGAGUUCGGCUACAGCAACAAGGAAAUCAAGGCCGAUCCUGAUCUCAAAGAGAUGGAGGCCCGGUUGGCAGCCUUCGAAAAGCGUAGCUGA